GCCGGCGCUAUCUCGAGAUCAGCGGGCGAGAAUUCCAUUUCCGACCAGUAACUAACCUGAGUGAAAUGCAAUAUGACGACCUCAGACAGAGAUGCAGCUCCAUCGCUUGGCCUAAUCUUGAAUUGGAAUUUAUCAUAUGCACUGGGACUGAAUAUCAUCUCGUCCUUCGUAAAAUAUCACGUUCUAGAAUGCUUCAAGUGGUUUAUUUUCUCUGGUCACCUUUGUAGUUUGUGAUGCUAUAAAUAGGAUAUACGACAGCCUUGUUGAGGGGAGUUUUCGCGACUGGGCUAGGCACCAAUGAAGUUAUCCA